AUGUCUCUUCAAUCAAAGUCGGGGAAUUUUUGUACGCCUGAAGAAAUAAAGUUGAAAAAACAACAAGCUGAAGAACGUCACAAAAAGUUCCUGCAGGAUCUAAAACUUAAAAAAUUACAAAAUAAUGAAAAUAACAAAGACUCAGCUAAAAGUGCCGAAAAAUCUUCAACAACAAUAACAAUCAGCGCUGAACAAAAAGCUGAAAUUGAGAAAAAACGCUUAGCUGCAAUUGAACGAGCUAAAGCAAAAAACAUUUCACUUGGAAAAUUCUCAAAAUUUCAACCGGCUAAUGUUUCGUCAAAGAUAAAUUCGACAAUAUCCAAUGUAGACAAUAGCAUUGUCUCCCUGAAUUCUAAUAAGCUAGUCAAUACAAAUUCAAGAAAUGAAAAUCGUUUAAAACUUCCAGAUGGGUUGUCAAUUGGAAAAGAAGCAACAACAUCAACGACAACUGUUUUAACUCCACAACAAAAAGCUGAAGUCGAACGAAAACGUCUCGCAGCACUUGAACGUGCUAAAGCGAAUAAUAUAUUACCAAGAAAAUUUCAUAGUGUGCCAGGUAAUCAGCAAUCAAAGUCUGUGAUAAGCGAAGCUCGUCAUCAUCCAUAUCAAAGACCGUCAACUGAUACGAAAGUUCCUCCAUUAAUACCAAAAAUUCCUGUCAUUUGCUCUUUGGAAAUAAUUAGUGAGAAACGUUUUGUGGCCAGAUUAAAUAACUAUAAUGAAGCAAUUAUCAACGAGUUUAAGAAAAUUCCAUCAAAAAGUUACGAUCAAAAAACUCGUAAUUGGUCUUUUAGUGUUGAAGACUACGAAAAAUUUUGUCAAAAUCUCGAGAACAUUAAAAAUUUUGUGAAAGUUGAAAAGGUUCCUGAAUUUGUCAUGAAACAUAUUCAAAGAGCGAUUGUUGCAUCUGACGAAUCGUGCCUUGAUUCAAUUGAAUCUGAACUGACACAGACAUUGUUAGACUUUCAAAAGGAAUCAAUUUGUUAUGGGAUUGCUCGUGGCGGUCGCGUUUUGUUGGGUGAUGACAUGGGACUUGGUAAAACACGACAAGCUUUAGCAAUUGCGGAUUUCUAUAGAAAUGACUGGCCUUUGCUUAUACUAACAACAGCAUCGUUGAGAAUAAUGUGGCGAGAUCAAAUAGUCGAUCUUCUACCAAAUGUCAAUGUCCAUGAUAUUCGUGUAAUGGAAACAAGUAAAGAAUCGAUUGGAGGUGCGAAAGUUGUUAUUUGCAGUUACAGUGGACUUGAAAAUAAUAUGAAGCGACUUAUGCUUCAUGGAUUUGGAAUGGUGAUUUAUGACGAGUCGCAUUCACUCAAAAAUGUUAAAGCAAAACAAACUAAAAACGCAACUGAACUUGCCGAUAAAGCUUUCAGAGUUGUUCUGAUUACAGGAACUCCAGCACUUUCACGACCAGCUGAAUUGUUUCCCCAAUUAGCGAUUCUUGACAGUCGUUUUGCUGAUUGGUGGAGUUUCACUCGUCGUUAUUGCAAAGGGCAUCAGACACAGUUUGGAUGGGACGCGACUGGAUCAUCUAAUCUUGAUGAACUCAAUGUUGUACUAAGAAAGAAAUUUAUAAUUCGACGAACGAAAGAAGAGUUGAAUGAAGUUUUUUCAGGAUUAGGAAAGAAAUUGAGGGAAGUUGUGAUGUUGAAGGAUUUUAAAAUCAAUGAAAGCAAUAAUAAAAUAAUGAAAGGGUUUGCCCAAAAGUUUCAAGAGAAUCGUGGAGCUCUUAAACAACAAAAGUCAAUUUUAAUGAAUUGGUACACGCAAACAGCUGAAUUAAAAGCCGAAAGUGUUUGUCGAUACAUUGAAGACAUCCUAAAGAAGAAUGAUGAAAAGUUGAUCAUCUUUGCAGCUCAUUUUUCUGUCAUGGAUGCUUUAUCAAAUUGCUUAACAAAUAAUAAAGUUUGUUAUGUUCGGAUUGACGGUAAAACAUCUUCAGAUGUUAGGCAAUUGAAUGUCAACCGCUUCCAGAAUGAUUCAAAUGUUCGUUGUGCUAUUUUGUCGAUCAGAGCUUGUUCUGCUGGAAUUACAUUAACAGCAGCCAGCACAGUCAUUUUCACUGAACUAGAUUGGACACCAUCAAUGAUUAUUCAAGCUGAGGGACGAGUUCAUCGAAUUGGUCAAGAGAAGCAAGUUAAAAUUAUUUUUCUUAUCGCGCCCGGUACUGCUGAUGAUGAAAUUUGGAAUCUUUUGAAUGAAAAGCAAAAAAAUUUAACGAAAGUCGGUUUGGUUGGUGUUGAUGAAAAUUUAUCUGAAAAUUUAGCAGCUUCAACAUUUGAUGCUGGGACGUCAGCUGCUGGAAUAGCAACAAAUUCCAUCACAAAUUACUUUCCAUCUUCUCAAAACACUUCAAAAUCAUCGGAAAGCUUCUACACAUGUGAAGCUGAGAUUCGUGAACUUGUUGAUGAUGCUAAUGACAACGAUGACGAUGAUAUUGAUAUGGAAGAAGUUUUACAGAAAGUUGAAGAAAUGGAAAGAGUUGUCGUAACGAAACAAGAAGAAUCUGAUGAAACUUUCGACUCGGAAAUGAUUCUAGAAGUCGAGAAGA